CGAGAAUUAACUGUCAAAUAUGACACUAAAAUUCGUAUUUAUACAUACAAAAGUGUUUAUAUUUUUGAUGCCAUCAUUGUUCAGGAAACUGAUCAGACGCAAAUGUUGCUUUUGUAUGCAAAUAAAGACUGGAUGCAUUGUAAUUUCAUUCUACACCUUGUUUUUCGGAUUUAUUAAUGCUGGCAUUAUAGUCGAUGAUGCUAUUUGGAAGAAAACCAAUAAAACUGAUAAAUUUACCAAAUGGUUCAUUGUCUUUCAUAUUGCUUUGAUGAUCGCAGCCGCGGUAAUCCUGCUUAUAGGUAUUCUGGCGAAACUUUUGAAAUUUGUUGUCCUUUGGAUGACAAUGUUCCUCAUUCAUAUGAUAGCCUACUAUGUUGUCUUCAAUGGACUAGUAUACGGUCGGAAUCCGUUCUUCAACAGCGGUCUCUCCAUUUCAAUUUAUGUCCUGGCGAUGCUGAUUACUCUGGGGAUAGACUUGUAUUGCAUUCUCAUUGUCAGUUUUCAUUAUUAUAUUGAGAAGCAUCCAGAUGAAUUCCGACCGGCGUGUGUAGACAAAUAAGAUGCUUGACAAGGAGGAGCAUGCCCCACAGCACCUGUUCCAUCAAAUGAGACGACUGCCAGCGUGAUGAUAACAGCUUGGACCGUGUUAAUAUGGCAGACUCAAUUUUCUUUAUAAUUUCAUUAGCAUCUUGAUGAGAACUGAAAACGAUUCCACGCGUGCCAGACACACACACACAUCGAGCGGGAAACUCUAGGCUAAUGCUGAUGCUAAUGAGGCCAUAAUAUAAAUUGCUUAAAUUGAAAUUAUGCAAAAAAGUUAAUACUCCUCACAUCACACUCAAGAGGACAUGGCGGUAUAGAGGGGGGGUAUAAGUUCGCUUGACUUUAGCACCAACAGUUGGCUGGGCAAUAUAACAAGAUUUCCCAAAGACUUCCUCUAUGUAAAUAAAUUACGUAUACGCCAUGUGGUACACCGAACAUAAUAUCAAGACAA